CUUCUCUUACCUCAUCUCCUUUUCUAUUUAGCAAUUUAAUAAUCUUGAGCUCUCAUUUUUCAUAAACCAUAGUUGUUUAUCUAUGAAAACUAUAAAGAGUUUUCCCCUUGAGAAGCCAUAAUUACAGCUUUUAAAGCAUCAUUUUCUUAAUUAAUUACACAAAUAAUUAAGGUGAUCAUCAACUUACUAUGGCGUUGCACACCAGUACUUUAUCACUCACAAUCGUCGGCAUUCUAGGCAACAUGAUUUCAGGAUUAGUAUACCUAGCUCCAUUGCCUACAUAUUACAAAAUAUAUAAGAAAAAAUCAACUGAGGGGUUCCAAUCUGUGCCUUAUGUAGCAGCACUUUUUAGUGCUAUGCUUUGGUUAUACUAUGCCCUGCUCAAGAAGAAGGAAUAUUUCCUAAUUAGCAUAAAUUCUGUUGGAUGCAUAAUUGAGACACUGUACAUCGCCUUUUACUAUGCUUAUGCUUCUAGAAGAGCCAGGAUUUUUACAGGCACACUAGUUCUUUCACUCAAUUUGGUGAUUUUUUCUAUGAUAGUUCUCAUCAUUCAACUGAAACUGGGAGAAGGUACAGACCGCGUAAAAGUGCUAGGUAUCAUUUGUGCUAUUGUCUCCAUUGGUGUUUUUGCAGCACCCUUGACAAUCAUGGUGAAAGUAAUUCGAACAAAGAGUGUUGAGUACAUGCCAUUCUUCUUAUCCUUCUGCCUCACGCUGUGUGCGAUCAUAUGGUUUGCAUAUGGCUUAUUACGACAAGAUUUAUACGUAUCUAUUCCAAAUAUUUUUGGAUUCGCCUUGGGGGUACUCCAGAUGGUAUUAUAUGCAAUCUGCAAAAACUGUUGCAUCCCCCGGGAAUCAGUAGAUCAGAGGAUUUCAAGUAAUCGGACAAACUUGGUUAAUGGAAACGUGACAACUACUGAUCAGCAAGACAGAAGCAAUGAACCCCAAACUGAACUAUCAACUGCUGAUCCUGCAGUCUGAUAUCUGAAGGUUCAAACUCAUAGUAUAUACCGCGUUAAAGUAAUAUGCCCGAGAGUUUUGGCCAUGUAUUUAUUAGGAUAAUUAGGAUCAUAUGGAGUAAGAUCAUAUGUAUCCUACAUUUAGUUGCUUCUUUUCCCAACCUUUUUUUGUUAUUGAAUGCAACUACCUAAUUAACUCACAUUAUUCUUCUGUUUAGAGCCAUUUACUUAAAUGAAUUAUGUGAGAAGUUAUUACUACACCAGAACGGUAGUAUGAGAAAAAUAAAUACUUCUGAAAAAAGUAAGAUAGUUGGGAAACAGGUAGAGAUCAUAAGAUUUGCUUGAUUUAGUAAAAACAGGAACAAUACCGUAAAAUUUUGGUCAAGGUUGAAGAAGUAUGUCUCUGCAAGGUAACAGUUGAAUCGUGAUAGUAUGAAACACUAAUUGUAUUAAGGUGCUUAUUUUUCUUAAGUUUCCCUCGGUAUCUAAAAGGUCAAUAAGAAACAACCUCCUAAAGUUGCAUACAUCUCUUAACCCCAAUGAAGAAAAAAACCCUUCCUUUUUGCACAGUACUGUUGAUUCUUUUCUAACUGGCAUGUUAGGUUUAUAUGAAAAAUAAGCAAACUUAAGCAUCAGAAACAAGGGGAUGAGAAGCUCAUAUAUAAGACAUAAGAAACAUGGAUGAAUAUGAUAUAGAGUGCUUCAAGCUGCUGUAUUAUAAGUUUAUAACACUCAACAAUGGUAUAAGUACCAAAUCCAUUGAGUAUUUCCUAAAAAUGCAGAACCAAGAAAGAACCUGCCAUCCGCAAUUGCGGAAAAGAAACAAGCUCAGCAAAAUGACUGCAUACAGAAAUGUUUUUAAAGGAGCCAAAGGUGCCUUUUUUUUUCUUUCUUACCGAAGAUAUACACUCUGAUUCUUUGCAAUAUACCCCCCGUCGUCAUCUGAUUUCUCCUCAUAUCUGCCAAUCUUGUCAUGUAAAAGGAAAAAAGAAAA